AUAAAACGGCAUGGGAGGAACUCAACGAUUCGAUUGCCGCUGGCACUUUUCUUCAUCGUUGCUGACACUUUCUCUCUGCCUAUAUCCGCACCUUUGAUGGUCUCAGGCUGUGUACCAGGCAUUAUUCAUAUACAGUUACAUACACACCUACGCCUACUCACUCUGAAUUUCAUUCUCACUCUCACUGUCACCUUUGCCUCUUUAUUUAUAUAUUUUGAUAUUUUGAUAUUUGGAUAUAUAUUCAAACGAGUGGAGGUAUAUACUAGACCUUCUCCAUGUCGUCACAAAGAAGAGGACCAUGGUCUCAGCGCGAAGAUGACCUGCUCGCCCACCUCGUCCACUCCCAAGGUGCGAUGAAUUGGGUAAGGGUCUCGCAGCAAAUAGGCACGAGGUCAUCCAAACAAUGCAGGGAACGGUAUCAUCAGAACCUGAAGCCCUCGCUGAACCACAACCCAAUCACUCCAGAGGAGGGUGCCCAGAUUGAAAGAAUGGUUCAAGACAUUGGCAAACGCUGGGCUGAGAUCGCGAGGUCACUCAAUAACCGAAGCGACAAUGCUGUCAAAAAUUGGUGGAAUGGUAGCAUGAAUCGUCGAAAGCGCUUGAAUCGCAGAAAAGCUACAGAUUUUAGGGAUCGCACCACCUCCCCAGGCCCGUUCCCAUACUAUUCUCAAGCACCUCAAUUAUCGGCACAAGCACCUCAACUAUCGUCACAGGCAGCUCAACUAUCGUCACCGGCAGCUCAACUAUCGUCACAGGCAGCUCAAUCAUCGUCACGAGCUUAUCGAGCACCGCUGGAGAGGAAUCUACCAUUACCUCCUUCUUCGCGACAGCCUCCCGGCCCAGUACCACGACCAGAUUACGAGCGCCAUCAUUAUAGUCCAUCCUCUCCAAUGCACAAGGAAGGUUUACCUCCUUGGAAAAAUCACUCUGGCUUUCCAUCGACCUCGGUACCUUCACCUCUCCCCCGGCCACAAGGCGUAGCUUCCGAGGCUCCCAGAGCUCCUGGGGGACUAUUUGAUCCCCGUAUCAGGCUACCCCCUUUGCGAAUUUCCGACGCAGAUUCGCCAUCAAGUGUUGCACCGCUUUCCAGUCCCAGGCUUCCUCCACUGGGCGCUGAACAAAAUCAGCUCCGUCUACCGUCAAUUAACGACCAAAUUCAACGACUUCGGCGAUCUGAGUCUAAUCAACUAGUCACAGCGCCUAGUUCACCUAUGCCUAUGGGGCAGUCGCCAGCAGUGCCCUCACGUCGGAGGCCGCUUUCUGGCACUGACACAAUGAGCGAUAAGAUGGCAAAAAUGCAUAUACGAAGCAUCUUAGAGUAGAGUUAGCUCCUCAUGCUUUGGGUAC